AGAGGCCAGGGCGCGGAUAGCGGAAGUGGACCGGCAGCCGGAAGUAGCUGGAAUCCCAGUCGGAUUGAGCGACUGACAGGAUCCUGAGUUUCGAAGGGAAGGAGGCAGCCAUGGAAUUGGGCGAGCUGCUGUACAACAAGUCCGAAUACAUUGAGACGGCGUCUGGGAACAAAGUUAGCCGCCAGUCUGUUUUGUGCGGAAGCCAGAACAUCGUUCUCAACGGCAAGACCAUUGUAAUGAAUGACUGUAUCAUCCGAGGGGAUCUGGCAAACGUGAGAGUUGGACGGCACUGUGUUGUAAAAAGCCGUAGUGUCAUCAGGCCACCGUUCAAGAAAUUCAGUAAAGGUGUUGCAUUCUUUCCUCUCCAUAUUGGGGACCAUGUCUUUAUUGAGGAAGACUGUGUGGUCAACGCUGCUCAGAUCGGUUCCUAUGUUCAUGUUGGGAAGAACUGUGUGAUUGGUCGCCGGUGUGUCUUGAAAGACUGCUGCAAAAUUCUUGACAAUACAGUAUUACCUCCAGAAACUGUGGUCCCACCAUUUACCGUCUUCUCAGGCUGUCCAGGACUCUUCUCAGGGGAGCUCCCAGAGUGCACACAGGAGCUGAUGAUUGACGUCACCAAGAGCUACUACCAGAAGUUUCUACCCCUAACACAAGUCUAAUAUCUCUGCUUUAUAUCUUGAAUUCUUUUGACUUCUACGAUGAACUUGGAGAUAAAGCGAGCAGACAGUAACUACAAGAGCUACCAUGUUUUUGACAACAUCUACUCUCCUUGAUUUUUGGUUCCUUUUUUUUUUAAUUAUUUAAAAUUUUCAGUUCUCCAAGGCUCUGAGCAUUUAAGAAUUUAAUAAGAAGACUGGAGAGGUGGCCCUGUGGUUAAGAGUACUGGCUGCUCUUCCAGAGGACCCAGGUUCAGUUCCCAGCACCCACUUGGCACCUUACAACCAUCUAUAAUUCCAGUUUCAGGUGAUCUGAUGGGUUUCUGGCCUUCCUGGGCGCCAGAUAUAUAUGUGGUACAGACAUAUAUGCAGCCAAAACAUCCCUUAACAUCAAAUAAUGAACUCUUUAAAAAUAAUUUUAAUAAGAGAACGUCUGGAGUUGUCUCUGCAUGCUGUGCUUACACCUGCUAUGUCACCAGUCAUUGUACCAUUGUCUGAGAAGGGCAGAAAGGUCUGUUCCCAACACUCCAGCCCUAUGGGCCUGCAGAGCAAUAGCACCCUCCCAGCCUAGGGUCACAUGACCAAGGUGCUGCUCACAACCAUGUUCUACCCCUACUCCACACCACCACACAGAUUACAUUCAUCUAUCCUGCUGCUAACAUGGGACUGGCAGCCACAAUUUCUUGUACCCUGGGGAAAGUGUUUGUGGCUGUUAAAACGUGGGGGACAGAGACGGGCUGUAGUGACACAUACCUGCCACCCUAGCACCUGUGGAGCAGAGGCAGGAGGACUGACAGCUGCAUGGUGAGCUCACACUUGCCUGGUUUUCUACUUGAGACCCUGCUUCAAAACAACAAAAACAGAUCAGGAAAAGAAAACAUAAAGAGCAGGUGGUAGCUGUUCUUUAUUUCAGAGAGACCUUAGCUGUCCUAAAGUAGUUAAUAAAGAUAUAAAACAUCCUG